AUUUACCGGCGAUGUGGAAUUGCAAAGCUUAGACAAGGAAGAUGCGUUGAUAUCCUUUGAAGAACACAUUUGCAUGUUGGAGCAGCAGCAUGAUGAGGAACGUGAACGAGAGCGACGCAAACAGAAACGUGUGCAACGAAAAAAUCGCGAAGCUUUUAUCGUAUUACUGGAUGAAUUGCAUGAACAGAAAAUGCUUACAUCAACAUCCCUGUGGAAGGACUUGUAUUCCGUCAUCAGCAAAGAUGAUCGGUUUUAUAAAAUGUUGGCUCAACGUGGAUCCACGCCGUUGGAUCUUUUUAAAUUUUACGUCGAAGCAUUGAAAGCUCGCUAUCCCGCCGAGCGUAAAAUUGUUAAAGAAAUCGUGAAGGACCACGGUUACGUGGUCGAUGUAUCAACCAAUUUCGUGGAUUUCGCUGCGUUCAUUGAAAAAGACGAACGAAGCGCCGGCAUAGACGAUGGCAAUCUGCGUAUGGCAUUUGACAGUCUACUGGAAAAGGCACAUGGACGCGAACGUGAACGUCAGCGUGACGAUGCUCGUCGCCUUCGGAAGAUGGAGCAAAGCUUUCGUGACAUGUUGUCUUCAGCAAAUUUUACUGAUUCCGAUGUAACCUGGGAAGAAGUUCGCAAUCGUUUCGCAAGCCAUCCCGCUUUUAUUGCUCUUUCUCUAGAAUCGGAGCGCAUCCGGAUCUUCAAGGAAUUUAUAAUUUCAUUACAGUCAGCCGAAGAUGCAGAGGGAGGGAAAUCUCGUCGUGCUCGUGGGGAGAAAUCUCGAAACAAAGCAGAACUCACUGAUAGGUCUGAAAGGCAUGAAAAACAUCGAAAGAGACCUGCUUCCACCUCUCCCGAUCCCUCAGAGGCCAGUGCGACAAAUCAGUCAGACAUAGAGACAGGUACCGCUUCUGGUAAACGAAAACAUCGCAAGUCUAAGAAAUCGAAGAAAAAGAAGAAAACCAAACAUCAUAAGCAUCGAAAGUCCAGCGGUCGACAGGGUGGUGAGGAAGAACUGGAAGAGGGAGAGGCCGCUGAUGAUGACGAUGAAGAUGAGGACGAUACGGGUAGCGUUGACCACACUUCUCGUCGACAUCGUCGUAAACGAAAUCAUCAUCGCAGUAAUUCUUCAGAUCCGGAAGAUGGUGAAGAAGUUGACAGCGGAAGCGAAGGGGAAGUGUAUGAACACGAAGGAAAACGCAAGCGACAUCGAUGACUUACUUCAGACUACUUGUAACCGGGGCACUUUGUUUAACCGAGUUCUUUUUUCUUGUUUGUGCGCCAAUCAUCCUUGUGCAAAUAAAUGUUCCUGCUCG